GCAUGUGUCACUGUCAAAUUUUAACGAAAUUGUUAUUUUGUUGAAUUAUUAUAAGUUUAAUAAUUAACUAUUUAAAAUAUAUAAUCACUAAUUAAGUACGUAACAACAUUAAUUGGAGUUGGAAUUGAUUUAUAAAGAAGAAUUACAAACAAAAUAUAUAUCAACAAUGGCAGAGAAGCAAAAGACGCUUGUAUGUGGAGACGUGAAUGGAAAUUUUAAUAUAUUGUUUUCCCGCGUCGAGUCAAUAGUUAAGAAGUCUGGAAUGUUUGACGUGCUGCUAUGCGUUGGAAACUUCUUUGGUGCUGACAAUUCACAGUUGGACGCCUAUCGAAUGGGAACUAGAAAAGUGCCAGUCACAACAUAUGUUUUUGGCCCAUCUUCUUCUGAACAUGUUCAGUAUUACUGUGAAGAGGGGUCGGAAAUUGUCCCUAAUGUUAUUUAUAUGGGUAAAAGAGGUCUAUUCACCACAAGUUCAGAGAUUAAGAUAGCUUAUUUGACCGGCCUAUCACGGAGAGAGUUGGGGAAGGAGAUACCAAUGUGUACAUUUGAACCAAGCGACUGCAGUGCAGUGAGGGACGCUUGUUUUAGAGGUCAGAGUGAGUUCAGAGGGGUUGAUGUACUUAUUACAACAUUGUGGCCUGCUGGCAUACAGCAGGAUGACUUACAAAAGGCAGAUGUGGAACAAGAAUGUUUAUCAGAUCUAAUUUCAUGGCUUUCUAUUCACAUAAAGCCCAGGUAUCAUUUUGUUCCUUCUACAGAAAAAUAUUAUGAAAGACAGCCAUACAGAAAUCAAAGCGUGCAUCAAGACUACAAGGAGUGUGUGACAAGGUUCUUCGCAUUGGCCCCAGUGGGAAACAAAAACAAAGAGAAGUGGAUAUAUGCGUGUUCUCUACAGCCAAUCUCAAAGAUGCGGAUGACUGACUUGUUGCAAAGCACCACCGACGAGACUCCCUGUCCAUACGACCCUAAUAUGUUGAAACAACACCAGCCUGGGAAAGUGGUCAAGGUUUCUGGCAAUGGACAGUUCUUUUAUAACAUGGACGCUGAAGAUGACGAUCAGGGAGGAAAAAGAAAACGAAAAUCUGGCGAUAAUCCAGAUAAGAAAAGGAGAGAGUUUGAUCCAGAUACCUGUUGGUUCUGCCUGUCGUCACCUUCGGUAGAGAAGCACUUGGUGAUAUGUGUCGGCACUCACUGCUACCUUGCGCUGCCCAAGGGGCCACUGACCCCAUACCAUGUGCUGAUACUGCCCAUUGCCCAUCAUCAGAGUGUUACCAAGGCACCAGAUGAAGUGGCAAAGGAAAUUAAGAGGUUCAAGGAGGCGUUGAAGAAGUUCUAUGCGGCGAUGGACAAGCUGGUGGUGUUCUUUGAGAGGAACUACCGCACCUCACACAUGCAGAUACAGUGUGUGCCCGUGCCCAAGGAGUGUGAUGCACAGUUGGCUGAAGUUUUUCAGGAUGAAGCCGGUAUAAACAGUAUCCAAAUGGAAGUCCUCCCACCCUAUACAGACAUCGUACAACUGUCGUUGCCCGGCGCGCCAUACUUCCACGUCGAGCUGCCGUCCGGUGAACAGCUGUUUGCCAAGACCCAUAAACACUUCCCUAUACAGUUUGGAAGGGAUGUACUAUCAAGUCCGCCAUUACUGAACUGCGAGGACAAGGCUGAUUGGCGGCAGUGCCUGCUCAGUCGCGAGGAGGAGGACACGCACGUCGCGGCCUUCAGGCAAAAGUUCCGGCCCUUCGACUUCACGGCCGACGACAGUGACAGUGACAGUGACAGUAAUUGACAGUGACAGUGUAAGUGUCUGUUAUGCAAUCAUUAAAUUAAUUUAAUCAAUUAAUGAAACUGUUUUAUUUGAAAUAGGCUCACAGCUCUCCUUGACCGCGGUUUCACUUUAUAGUACAAGAUCCAACAUAAGAAAAGAAUACCCUCAUCUGGUAUUUAAUUGGGAUACGAAAAUUAUAGAAAAUAUUCACAUCGACACAUUGGUUGUCUAGUUAAAUUGCGGCCAAACAGUAUAAAAUGCUUAUUUUACUUACUUACUGGAGUUAUCAGAAAAUAUUAGCGAUUAGUUUUAAGAUUUUAUCCUUUAAAAUUAGUAAAAACCUACCGCGCUGGUGGCUCGGAUACUGAAAUAUAAGGGUUUUAUUUUGUAACUUUGGAACCCUCCCAUUCCAUUACAUUACGGUCAAAUCGUUAGAUUUUCGAAAUGCACAUCUUUUAGCUAUCAACUUAUCCACUUUAUCCUUAUCUGACGUGUUGGUUGAUUAAUUUCGAAGUUACUUUAUUUUUGUGUAACCCACCAAUAUUACGAGCUCACACUUGAUGGAGGUACUCAACAACGUGCAAGGUAUAGUCUCGUAUAUUCAAUUGCUGCAAUUGAGUAACUGCAAAAAUCCCCUCUUCAUCUCCCCUACUAUUAUUUUAUAGCACUAGUGAAUAACAGAUAAGGGUAUAUAUUUCUAAUGCCGGGUCUUAGACCGUUAUGUGUAGAUGUGGCCUAAGGUGAAACGCGUUUACCUAGAUGCCUAUUCAUUUGUCUUAAAGAUGCCCAGUUUUAUGCUAUAGAAAUUAUAUCAUGUUUGUAAGAAAUUAAGACUAAAAAGCUUCAGUUUAAGGAUAUCAUCAGUGAUAUAGUGUUAUUUAUAUCCCUAUUCUAUAUAGUCAAUCAAUUCCGGUAAAGACUUAAUUACUUAUGUGGUUUGCCUCCUAUAGCUUAGAUAUAGAUAUGUCUACAUAAAGACAUACAGUGGGCCUAGUGGGAGCUUUCAAUAUUUUCAUACUGUUACUAUCUCGUUAACGUAAACGCGAAUUUAUACGCGAAACAGUUGUGUAGUGCCACUUGAUGGCGCUGUUUCAAUUCCUUAUAAAUUCGCGUUUACGUUAACGCGUUGUCACAGUAUCAAAGAGUUACUAGGCUCUCUGAAUAAUAAACCUCAUAGGUUUAUUAUUCCUGAUACCGGAUUAGAUGGAAAAAGUACUAAGUAAUAUUAUUAAAAAGAUGCUUACGAGUUUCAUUCUUAGGGGUUACAAAAGAAAAGUCAAAAUUCAAUUAAAUGAUUUUUUAUUUUCUUUCACAUCGUACUGUUUCCUAAUAACUCAUUUUUAUAAAAACAUAUCUGUAACAACAUGAUUAACUAACUCCUUAAUCUAUGUACGCGUAUCAAUGUAUAAUUAACAUAACAUUAAAAAUGAUAUGGUACAUUGACUAGAUCGAAAAUGAUGAUAUUCGUGAUGAUGCGAUGGAUUGGUUUGUGUUUCGUGAGCAAUUCGUCUUGUCGUGCGAGUAUUCGUUGUAGUCCACAAUAUGUUUAGUUUAAUCUCACAACAUUAUUUAUACGGCAGUUACGUUCACAUUUAGGUACCCAGCACGAGAAACAUUUGUCUUCCAUGAAUGCGAUGUGUGUAUCCGAACGCACAGACUAAUUUCCUCCAAUCGGAGUGAUUCUAAAAUGGCGUAUCAUAUUUUAUUACUCAAUAAUAUCGUAGACACAAGUAAAUAGACGAAGAGAUAGCAUUCUUCCUACCCUCAAAAAAAGAACAACGUAUGUUUGGAUUCUGUAAAGAAACGAGACGAGGCGAUUUGACAGUAUUCGAAUAUCGAAUCGCUUGUAGUGUUCGGUGCCAUUUUUUCAGAGAACGAGUCUGACAUGUUUGACAUUUUGUCAGUUAAUGUAAGCACAAAAUAACAACCUCAACUUGUUUCAAAUUUUAAAUAGGUGCUUGUGUUGUGAUGUCAAAAUUGAUUUUCUUUUUUGAUUUACUGUUGUCUAUUUCAUUCUCUGUCUACGAAUAAUCCUGUACGUUCGGAUACAAUGAUGUUAUUAUUGUCAGGAAAUUUUAUUCGUGACGAAAGUGAAGACAAAUGUUACUCCUGCUAGCAGGUAGGCCCUUAGCUAUAUAAAUGUGAAAAAAUAUACAAGUCAAGCAUUAUUUCAUAAUGGAUUUCUUUUCAGCGAACUAUAAACCAAACGUCUAACUAUUCUUCACGCCCAUUAUUGUAAUAUUUUAUGGGCAUUUCUUUAAAAUAUUUUAAGUAAGUAAAUAAUAUAUAUACGCUAGGGUAUACGAAUGAAGAUAAUACCUAGAUACUAACUAUUUCUCGAAUACUCGUAAAAUGCUGUAAAAACUAAGUAUUGCAGUUUGUGUAAUUACACAAAAUAGUAUCAAAAUAUUGUAAUAAAUACAAAAAGUGAACGUAACCGUAACUUGAUUUUUUGUGCGUUUGUGGUCUUAUUUUAUUAAUCUAUUGCUAUAUAUCCACAUCUACGUAUAAAUGACGUCAUUUUUAAGUCUGUUUAAGCGGGGAUAUCAUGUAAACGCAAAGUCGACAAUGACUUGAUAUAAGUGGAACAAUUUUUAUUAUUAUUUCUCAUAUGACGGUUUACCGAGAUAAAAUUAUCCUUGAACUAAAUUACAUUUUGCUAAAUCUACUAAAAUGAUUAACUAGCAUUAGGUAUUUGUGACUAUUAUUAUAUAAAAUAGAUCUCAAUUAAAUAUAGGGCAGUCUUCGUUGGAAUUACGAAAGAGAGUCAACGUAAACGAUUGUAAAUUAUAUGUAUA